ACGGCGAGGUGCUGGUGCCCGUGUUUUUUAUGUAUCCGCCGGGAGAGGGGAUCGUGCGGUGACAUUUAUUUCCCUCAUUUGCAAAAUCAAAACAUCCUUUCUAGUCAACUGUUACAUACAGAGAGAAGUCAGUAAAAACAAAUUUAAAAAUUCAGAGCACAUUAUUACGCUCCGUUAUCAACGGCUAUCGAUUGCUUUUAUAUCGUAGGCCAUCAUCAGAAGAAUCGAGCCUUCCAGGAUUAGAAACGAGAGGUUGCGUUGAGUGUCAAAACUACGUCUGUGCGUAUAAACGAUAUCGGUGUAUUCAUUGUGUUGAUUCAAAGAUACAUCCAUAAAGGAAAAACGAAUACGAGGAACGUUAUUAAAGCGAAUCAAAGAGAGAAAAGAGACAAACACAGGCAUCAUCGGCAAUAGUAGGCAUCUAUGUUGCGUACUUAAGUGUUUAAAGGGGCGGUGUUCCCAACUUCGACGCCCAUUUGAUAUUCCAUUAGCCGAAUUGCUUCUGAUAUAGCCUGGCCGUGAUGUGCUCUAGAUCGCCACCACUGUAAAGCAGUUUACUAGCAGCGUGUGCGUGCAUCGCCAACAACAGCACGAGAGAAAAAAAAAGAGGGCAACCAUUGUGAGCUUUUGUCGAUCUAUUUUCCGGCCUAGUGCGGCAAAUCAUCCACUAUCCGUCUUCAUUCUUCUUCGAAAUUCAUUUCUCACUUUUAGAAGGCAGGAAGAAUAAGAGAGUUUCUUUUUCUUUUGUCACAUCUCCGUUAGUGUAAGAUUUUUUUUCCCCCACUUAAAUAUUGAACACGAAAUAAUUGAAUCAAAUCCCGUAUCAAUUUUCAUUAUCGUGUCUCUCCUUAACGCUUCUCUGACUCCGCUCAAUCGUUACGCGGCCGGUUUUGCACGCAAGAAAGUGGGUAUGUAUGUGUGUGUGUGUGUGUAUAACGGACGUAGAAGUCCGUUCAUUGCGCCUUUUCCGCUUCAUUGUGUCAGUGCUAUUUAGUGUGUCGCAACGGCCAACUACUUGAACCGUCAACUUUGUUGCCGCUCCUUAAAUAUUUACGGCUCUGCUCUGGAAGUGUUCGCCUCUUCAGUUGUUGUGGAUAUUAUUACAUACGUCAUCAACUCCGAGACGAAUGUACAAUCUUCAGCAGUUGGCACGCACAGCCGAGGAGCCCCGCCCAAGUGGGACAGCAUAAAAACAAAACGGUUACAUCACACACAGUCAACUCGAAAAGGAAACGAAGAUAUUGGCGUACUCUGUCACUUGACAUUUGUUUUAGAAAAUUAAAAAUAAAAUCUUGUUGCCCGGGGAAAGUGAUGAUUUAACAUCUCGAACUCGUUCAAGUGGAAUGACCCAACAGGAAUAAGAAGACGACUUAGAAAAACAGCAGCGAUGGAAUAGAAAAAAAAAAAAAAAAUCAAACAAACGGGUUUUAUAUCAACCCAGCUGUACGCGUUGGUGACGUUAACCAACCAAACCGAUAAUUAUCCGCAAUUAAAAUAUUUAAAAGAAAAAAAAGGGAAGAAAGAAAAGAAAAACAUUUAAUGGGAAGAGGCACGGAUUGCGACGGCAUAAGGUAAAGGCCCGUCCCGAUGACGGGGCGUUUUGGCCCCAGCUGUGGAGGCUCAUGUCGUCUACGUCGUCGAUGUCGGCCAGUGCUGGCGGCGGCAACAGACGGCGGGGCGUCUUCUCGCUGGGCAGGUAUCAUUUGCCAGUGGUCGGCUCUGCCAACGUCCAGCAACAGCAUCUCAUCGAUAGCAGCAAUUCGGGCGGCGGAGUACGGGCCGUCAAGUACACGCCGCGUGGACAUCCAUUGCAACAGCAAGCGGACACGUCAUUACUUCACGGCUACAGUCACGCCAAUUCACGCGACAACGGACAGCAGGACGAUGAACUCGAAGAGAUUGCCGUCGUCUCCGUUUCGGGCGUCCAGUCCGGCCAGCUCACUUACGGCUCAGCCGGAUCGUCCAUGGCAAACGGACCCAGAGUCGUUCCAGGCAUUAUCACGUCAGCGCGUUUGAUGGAGGACCGACUGAGCGGUUCAGGCACGCGAAUCAACACAGUGGCGUCGAGCAACAGCGGCUUAUUUACAGCGGGAGGCAGUUCCGUUGGCUCUUCUUCGGCCACAGGUGCAACCGGCGGAUCAUCUUUUGUCGGUGGACCUCCGUCCUUGUCCCGGAAUCGGUCCUUCUCCAAGCAUUCGCUCUUAGAGAUUGUCAGCAAUCGAAUAAGCGGGUCUGGCGUUGUUGGAACGAGUUCGGCAGAAAGCAGCGGUGGUAUCGGAUUGACGAAAAGAUUCUCCCGCGAGUCUUUCUCAGCUGCUUGCGUCAACAAAACGCAACAACCGCAACAACAGCAACUGCUCCAGGCCAAUGAUUCGUUGUCUCCGUCUGCCGCCACUGAAUUAUUGGCGUCUUCGACGACGAGGAGAUCGCGAGAUGCCCGCCGGCGUGAUCUGAAGAAUAAAUUGAAGCUGGAACGCAACUGGGAUGCCCGCCAACUGGAACUCGGAGGUAAUGGUGCUCAUAACUUUGCGUCAAGUGGGGCUAAUGGUGGUGGUGCAUCGUCAGGACCGAGAAGUGGUUGCAAAUGGACGUUCGUCUUUGAUCCGGCCGGCCGUCUGUGCUACUAUUGGUCGAUGGUGGUCUCACUGGCCUUCCUCUACAACUUCUGGGUGCUCAUCUACCGCUUUGCCUUCCAGGAGAUCGCCAGCGACACGCUGGUGAUGUGGUUGUGUCUCGACUACUUUUGCGAUUUGGUCUACGUGCUGGACAUUGCCUUCCACUUCCGGACGGGCUAUCUGGAGGAAGGUGUGCUACAGACAGACGCCAGCAAACUGCGCCAGCACUACAUGAACUCGACGACAUUCUACGUCGAUUGCCUUUGCCUCCUCCCGCUCGACUUCCUUUACCUAUCCAUCGGUUUCAAUUCCAUGUUGCGAUGCUUCCGGCUCGUCAAGAUCUACCGCUUCUGGACGUUCAUGGACAGGACGGAACGGCACACCAAUUACCCAAAUGUGUUCCGAUCCAUCAGUCUCGUCCACUACUUGUUGGUCAUCUUUCACUGGAACGCCUGCCUCUAUCGGAUCGUCAUGCGCAACAACAGCUUCGACCAGUCGCUCAUCAGAGAAUGGCAGUGGACUACUCCGCCCGAUCCCAACGACGGCGUCGGCCAAUACCUCCAGAGCUUCUACCUCUGCACCUUGACGCUGACGACCACCGGCGGCGUCCUCAAACCUCGCACCAAAGGCGAACUCUUGUUCGUCAUCAUCCAGCUCAUUUUCGGGCUCAUGUUGUUCGCCACUGUACUCGGACACGUCUCCAACAUCGUCAUCAAUGUCAGCGCUGCUCGAAAAGAGUUCCAGGCUAAACUUGACGCCGUGAAAACAUACAUGCGGAUGCGUCGAGUACCUCGGCACUUGCAAGUGAAAGUCAUCAAGUGGUUCGACUAUUUGUGGUUCACCCAGAAGAGCUCCGAUGAGGAAAAAUCCGUCGGCGGGUUACCCGACAAGCUGAAAGCGGAAAUUGCUAUUCACGUUCACCUGGACACGCUGAAGCGAGUAGAGAUCUUCCAGAACACUGAAGCCGGUUUCCUGUGCGAGCUCGUCCUUCGAUUAAGACCUGUCCUCUUUUCACCCGGCGAUUACAUCUGCCGUAAAGGAGAGGUCGGUAAAGAAAUGUACAUCGUCAAUCGUGGAAGACUUCAGGUAGUAGCGGACAAUGGACGCACGGUGUUGGCUACUUUGAAAGCUGGAUCCUACUUUGGAGAGAUUAGCAUUCUCAAUAUGGGAACAGCAGGCAAUCGAAGGACGGCCUCGGUUCGUUCGGUUGGCUACAGCGACCUGUUUGUCCUCUCUAAAAAGGAUAUGUGGGACGUUUUGAAGGAAUAUCCGGCCGCUCGAGUCCGACUGGAAGCCAUCGCCGUCAAGCGAUUGGAAAAGUACAAAAAAGCUCCACUGGAAAAAGCUGCUUUAGGGCGGAGUCAUUCCACACCUGGGCUCGUCGAGUCCAGCGGACGAAUUCCCCUCGAGCGGAUGGAGCUGACCAACACACACCCUCUUCACUUGCCGUCCAAUCCCGAGUCAGCCAACAUCGUCAGAUCAAGUGCUGGGUCAUCUUCAUCGACUGGCACUGGCGGUGAGAGCCGCUGCAGCUUCCGCACGAGCCGGAGGAGUUCCGCAUUGCAGCAACAACAGCCCCUCCUCACCCCGCAGUUCUUUGGUGAUCCAUCCGCUGGUAGUCUCCUGAUGCCACCUGCAUUCUUAGCCUCAGGAGGUGUAGGCAACCGGAGUACUUCUCCUGGAACGUCGCGGGAUUUGGUGGUGUUGGAGCCACCGAUCCUGAAGACUUUACCACCAGCUGAUGCAUUAGUGGCUGAAAUCAACCGGUUACGCGAGAGGUUGUUGAUGCUCGAGUCGGAGAACACGUCACUCAGCGCAAAAUUGAACCGACAGCAAUGGGAGGUCGAAAAUCGCCUAGCCGAGAUAGAAAUGCAAAUAUGUGGGGCAGGCAGCCCGGCUGAUAGUGCCACUGAUGACAACGAACGUAAUUUCGAAUCGGCUAUUUAAACGGGAAAAUGCUCGGAUCCUUGUGUGAACUGUGGCGAUUAACUGGAAGCUUAUUUUCCGCAUUCCUUCUAGCUCUCUUCGUCACUGUGCUUGUGUAUAAAGAAAGAAAAAGACAUCAAACAAAUACUGAUACUUCAACAAAAAAACAAACACGUAUCUUCUUCGUUGACGAUCUCUAUAUAGUGUAAAAGUGACGCCGAAAUUUAUAUGCUUUACUUCAAGGAUUGCUGUUUAUUUUAACCUAAGUGCACGAUAGUCGCCACCAAACACCAACAACAAGAGCAUCAAGCAAGGCAUCCUCAUCCAAUUGUUUGUGGAAGACGUUGAUUUUGCUGACCGUGCUGAACUGUUAUGUCAGCUACGACUUUGUUGCGUUUGAUUUUCGUUGGCACAAUGUACAAUUCACGCUAUUUUCCGAAACAGUUAUGAUAGAUUUUCUUCUUGCUUUU